UGCCGGACAAAGUUUGACCUUCAGGAUGGACCAAAGCAGCGACCUUUCUCUGACCAUCUGUCACAUCGUCCAGCGGCUGAAAGGAACAAAUUUAUUCUCCGAACUGGAGCGAAAAGCCGCCGAGUGUUUGCACUGUCCUGAGGUCAAACUGGAGUCUCUUAAAGAGGACGUGCGUGCGUUUCUCAGAGCAUCAGGCUGGGAAAAGAAGCUGCAGAACGCCGUCUACAGAGAGCUGCACAUCCAGCUGCCUCGGAGUCAUCCCGCCGUUCCUGCAGAGCAUCUCAAAGAGCCGCUGGCCUACAUGCGCAAAGCACAGGCCAGCUGGGAGAAACGGAUCCUGAAAAGCCUGAACAGCAUGAGUGCAGAACUGGAAGUGCCUCUGGCUCGUAUGAGGUCUGCAGCCGAGCAGAAGGAGCUGAGCGACAAAUGGAACGAGAUUGGCACAGACGAAGCAGAUUUGACCCGCUUCCGGCCCAUCUACGCUCCCAAAGACUUUCUAGAGGUGCUGAUCAGUCUGAGGAACCCCAACCACGACAGCAGCGAGGGGGUCAACGCCAGGAGCCAAUGGGGCCUGAUCCAGGUUCCCCUUAAUGUCAGGGGCAUCCCAGAGCUGAGGCGGGCCUUCUCAGAACUGAAACUGACCACUGGCCAGCUGGGGAUCGAGGACCACGCACACAUCCAUCCAGAUUUGUUUGAAAGCGACUAUGUCCAAAUCGGGAAGAAAGUGGUUCUGGAGCAGGACAGCGCAGCGGCACAGCAGUACAGCCGGCAGGGCUGCCCCACCGGACUCCGAGCAGACCUCUGGACCCUCAUCCUCAACUCCACCAACCAGCCGCAGGAUGUGAUGCGUUACGAGCAGCUGAAGGCCGGAGUCAUAAAGCACGACCUGCUGGUGGACAACCUCAUCUAUAAGGAUGUGAAGCUGACAGCCAGCAAUGAUGACUACUACUUUGUGUUUGAGGACUUCCUGUAUCAGGUGCUGCUGUGUUUCUCUCGCGACACCACGGUGUUAGACCACUUCAAAUACAACAGCGCCAGUCCUCCCACAUCUUAUAUCCAGGGGAAAGUGGGGCUGGAGGAGUUUGCUGUUGUUUAUCCUCCCAACGGUGUGAUUCCUUUUCAUGGAUUUUCAAUGUAUGUGGCACCUUUGUGUUUCCUCUACAACGAGCCCUGCCGGCUCUACAGUGUCUUCAGGGAGAUGUACAUCCGCUACUUUUUCAGGUUGCACUCCAUCUCCUCCUCCACUUCGGGUGUCAUCUCUCUGUGUCUGCAGUUUGAGCGGCUGCUUCAAACCCACCUGCCGCAGCUCUUCUAUCACCUCAGACAGAUCGGAGCGCAGCCGUUGCGCAUCGCCUUUAAGUGGAUGGUUCGAGCGUUUUCUGGAUACCUUUCCACUGACCAGCUGCUCCUCCUCUGGGAUCGAAUUCUGGGCUACGACUCCCUGGAGGUCGUUGCAGUGCUGGCAGCCGCUGUCUUUGCCUUCCGAGCUGAGAACCUGAUGGAAGUGACGUCUCUGUCCUCAGCUGAGGCUGUCCUCGCUGACCUCUCGACCCUGAAGGUAAUGCCGCUCAUCCAGAUCUUUCUCUUCGCCGCCCCCAUCUGACGGCCCCGGCGCUCAUCUGACACGUGCAUGGUGGCGUGCACAUCAGUGGUCUGCAGAAAUGGGGAGUAAGAAGUCAGGUAGCGAAAAGCCGUAGCUGCUCUAUAAAUAGUGUAAUCAGAUAUAAUACAGUAUGUGAGGCUAAACGUCGCUCCUGAAGCACGAAAGAGGAGCCGCGCGGCUGCACCGCCACCGGCCCCGCCGGAGCAGGAGGCACCCCAAGUGUCUCUCAGCCAGCUUCAUCAACCCAUAAUUAGUUUGUGCAAUUUAUUCAGCUCCUGCUCGUUACAGCGCUGUUAGCUAACGAUGUUAACGGAUCCAUUCAUUUCUAUGUCCUGCACUCGUAUUAGCCACUAUUUAUAGAUUUAUUUAUGAAUUGUUUUUUAUUACACACACAUCCACGGAAUGUAUUUUUAA